AAACCACUUACAGAGCUCUCAUCUUCUUCAGCACAUAAAAGACUCCCAAAUAGCCGGCUCAGUUCUUCCCUCUCUUUUUCUUCUUCUUCUUCUUCAACUUCGAGUAAAUGUCGAUGGCAGACUCAUCGCUCUUGGCAUCACUGAGGAAAUACCCAAAGCAACUAAAGGCAGGGCAAAGCUUGUCAAGACAAGCUAAGAAACAACAUGCUCGUCUCUAUAUCAUAUGGAGAUGCUCCGUUAUGUUACUCUGCUGGCACGAGUGACGGACGGUGAGGUUCAAAAUGAAUACUGAUGUUAUUAAUUAAGUUGGAGUUAAACUCAAGUGACCAAGAAUAGAAAAAGAUACAAGCAGGGGAAGCCAGGCAAGUAAAACAGUGGUUUUGAAAAUCUAGAUGUGCAAAAACAGUAGUCGGAUACCAAAUUAGCUUAUAGCAAUCAAAAGCAGCCGUUAGCUAAUGAUCAUAAUCUGGAAAGGUAACCAAGGCUAUCAGGAUCAGUGCUGAGAAACAAUGAGCGCCAUCGCAGCAUCGAAUCCAAGGGACAACAGAAAACAAAAGUUUUAAGAAGAUUAAAACUAAUUUAACGCGUGUUGCUCGCUUAUUGUAAAAAUGCAACUAUUUUCCUUAAUUUGUCGAUACAAUGAAAUGGUUGAUUAAUUUCU